GCAAUUUGGUAAGAUCAAGGGAGUGACUUCUAUAAAGUAGCAGGUGCGUCUUAGAACGAUAUGCAUCAGCAAUAAGAGCAGCAUCUUGACGACUUGCAAUAUUCUUCAGUUCUCACACCUCGUCAAAAUGGUUUCUAUCACAUCUUUCCUCGCCACCGUUUUGGUAGUUGCUGGCAUUGCCAGUGCAAAGCCAGUACCAAAGAGCGCUGCCCAACCCGUUGUCACAUAUUUGGGCACUCAAGGCCCUAUCCUGUCAAGCGGCGCAUGGACAUCAAAGGGUGUUGUUUACACAUCAGGGACUGUGCCCUCCUUCAACGGAAGCAUCAUCACUGGUGGCAUUGAAGAGCAGACGGCACAAGUCAUCAAGAACAUUGGCGCAGUCCUCGAGGAAGCCGGUACAUCUUGGGACUAUGUCAUGAAGACAACUGUAUUCCUGGCCAACAUGAGCGACUACACAGCAAUGAACGCUGUGUAUGGCGCAAUGCUUCCGUCCCCCAAGCCCGCCCGCACUGCCGUUGAGGUCGGAAAGCUUCCUGGCAACUUCCUCAUUGAGAUUGAAGCGAUUGCUGCCAUUCCGGACUCGUAGGACUAGCAUGAGACGACAUCGAAUUAUGCGCAGCUCGCCAAGCAUGCGUCGAGCUGGGUUACACCGCAUUGAGUCAUAUAUAAAAAUUCUACGAACAUCUCUCGCACACCUGCAGUACGUCGUUGAGCAUGCAUAGCAUAGUGAGACAACUUGGCUAAACCCCUUCCCUUCGAUGUUGCCUUCGAUGUGUUGCAUACACUUAAGCCUGUGGGACAUCUUUAAGAGGUUCAAUAAUGCUGGUGUUUUAUUGGAUAUACUAAUCGAUAGCAAGGAACUUCUGAUUCCUGUUGAGCUCUCACGUUGCAAAAUAAACGGCGGGCUGAGGAUACGAGCCAAGUACACCACACGACAGCAAAGUAGGG